AUGGAAGAUAGUAAUAUCCUUGGUGAGGACCUACCACUUCCUCCAACUCGGCUUUUCGAACGACUGGCGCAGCUGCCUGGAUAUACUUGGGAUCAGUCCAUCGAGCCUUUUCAUUCAACAUACAGCCAUUGGCAUGUUUACGGUCUCCGCCAUUCUCUCGAGUCCGACGUCUCUACGCCCGCCGCGACUUCAUCAGGGCCAUCUAGUCUCGCGCGCAACUCCCCACGAGCCGAAUCCCGCCCUCCCUUUCGCCAUCACUGGAGAAGUAGUCUGAGCGAAUCCAGCAGUGAGAUAUCACUUUCGCGUGGCGAUCACGAACCAAUAUGGACUCCGGUCAUCGCCCGGGUUUCGUCUCACGUUGUGAGACUCGAGCGUGAGUUCCAUAUGCAAAGGUCCAUAGUACAAACGUCGGAUCCCGAUUGCAACCACACAAUACGACCGAUUGAUCUUAUACGGCUUCCUCGAGAUCCUGGUGAUGCGGGUCCUCUAUUGGUGGCUAUCUUCGAAUCACCAGGUCAGAACAUGCUGAAGGAGUUGGUCGCAUUUGGACCUGCCUGGUUUGCUAUGGGCACCAAAGGCGACAGUAGUGAGCCGACUCCUGGAGAGCAGGUUUCCCUUCCAGUAUUCCUUGAUUUCGGUAUCGGCGCAUGCGAUUGCCUCGAACUCCUACAUUACGGGCUUAAAACGGUUCACGGUGAAAUUCGCGGGGAUGCUUUUCAUUUCAGUCUAGAAACAGGGUCUGUAAAACUAAUCAACACAGGAAAUGGUGCCCGGUCGUUCGAUAACAUCCUUAGCGAGGGCUGGUCGUCGACUGCUAGAGAGCUUGGUGUUAAGAAUAAAUUACAGUUUAUUGCACCGGAGCAGACAGGAAGAAUGCCAACUGAACCGGAUAGUCGAACGGAUAUCUACGCGCUUGGGGUACUUUUCUGGACAAUGUUAGUUGGGAAGCCGGCGUUUACUGGAAGCGACCCGGUUGAAGUUGUUCAGAAUGUGCUGGGGAAGAAGCUACCACCAGUUUCGGCCAAGAGAAUGGAUGUCCCAGACGCAGUGUCAGCUGUGAUCGAGAAGAUGACUCAGAAGGCAGUCAAUGAGCGCUAUCAUACCAUUUCUUCCGUGAAGAGAGAUUUGGUACAGAUUUCUCAAUUGCUUGGUGACGGUGAUAGCGAAGCUUUGAAAGAUUUUCAAAUUGCUCAGCGCGACGUCUCUUCAUUCUUUACUCUGCCGUCUCGUAUGUUCGGGCGGAAGGAAGAGUAUAAAAAGCUCAUAGAGGUGGUUGAAAAAGUUUAUCGACGUCAGCAGUCCGCUUACGCCAGAGCUACCACUCAGAGCACCAGCGGACUAGGCUCCACUUCAUCUAUCUCGGACGGCCGUGUUGACAGCUUUGAAAUCGCGUCUGGCUCGAGCGACUCGGGCUCUUUCCACAUCCCUCAUAAGCCUAACUCUAAUGGUGGUCCUUCCAACCUCGGUCGUGUCUCCACGCAUGAGUCCAUUCAUAGUACCGAGUCAUCACUCUCGACACCAAAGCCAGGCUAUGUAUCAAAUAAGGCAAAGAGUCCGGUCGAAUCUCGUGCCUCCUGGGACAAUACAGAUAGAGACGGGCACCUCUCGACAGGAGCUAGCACGCAGAGCCAUGCGGACUCUCUUGGGGUAAAUAGGUCUAAGACUGCUCACAAGCUCCGCCGGAGUGGGAAGUGCGAGGUCAUUACCAUCAGUGGUGCUGCUGGCAUUGGGAAAACCGAUCUUCUCAAUCGCGUUCAACCGGCAAUUCGCAGGUUUGGUUAUAUCGGCAUUGCUCGCUUGGAUCGGGCGCGAAGGGUCCCUUUUGAACCCUUUGCCAAGAUUUUAGCCAGUCUUCUACGCCAGAUAUUUUCCGAGCGUGAUGUAACAACGGAUUAUCACGAAAGUGUCCGCACAGCAUUGCGGCCGAUGUGGCCCACGUUACAUCGAGUUCUGGAGCUGCCCGAGCAAUUGAUGUCAUCUGGAGGAAGUGAAAAGGACAUAUCGCCCAAGCUCUCGGCUGCCCAGCACAUUUUCAAUAAAGAUGUUUCGACCAAGGGAGAGCCUUCAAAGCGUAUUGCACUUCCUCGGUUUGACCAGGGGCAGACCUCGGUCGACUUUUUCUUAUCCAAUGCGGCUUUGAAGAAUAUGCGCUUGAUGGAAACAUUCCUGGAGAUACUAAAAACGUUGUCUCAGUUCAAGCUAAUUUGCGUAUGCGUGGAUGAUCUACACUAUGCUGAUGAUGAGACCCUCGACUUGAUCAUGAACAUUGUGAAAGCAAAAAUACCCUGUGUGCUUAUACUCACCAGUCGUAAGGCCGAACUGGAGUCGGAUGCCAUCAAGUCGCUCUUUGAGGCAGAGAACCCUAGCGUAACAAGGAUUGCGCUGAAUCCACUUGGGGAAGAUGAAGUCAUGCAGAUUGUAGCAGCUACAAUGCACCAGGAGCCAAACCCAAUGCUCACCCCUCUCGCAGCUGUCAUCCAGGAAAAGAGCGUUGGCAAUCCGUUCUACGUACGACUGAUGCUGGAAACCUGUUAUAGCAAAAACUGUAUUUGGUAUUCAUGGAAAAAUUCAGUGUGGGAAUUCGACCUUGACCGUAUCUUCACCGAGUUUGUGGCCCCAAGAUACGGUGAAGGGCUUGGGCUUGGGUUCAUUGCCAGACGUCUUCAGGAGACCCCGCCGGCGGCUCGAUCCAUUAUGGUUUGGAGCACACUGUUGGGAAGUCCAUUUGCGUUCUCUUUAGUUCAGAAGCUCCUCACAAGCGAAUUCCUGUACUCGAGCGACGAUGACGAGGCAGUGGACCUUACUUGCCCACAGAACGCGAAUCUUAUUAGGCAGUCGGAGGCCGACAUUGUAGUUGGACUGCAGUAUCUUGUUCAAGCAAAUCUUCUUGUCCCAGGGAAGACUGAUGAUGAAUUCAGAUUCGCCAAUGAUAGAAUAGCUCAAGCUGCUGCGUCAUUGACAGAGGGUCGCAAUGUCGAGAAGAUGCAUUUCAUCAUAUCGCAAGCAAUUAUGAAGUACUAUCAUGAUGGUCGGAGUCGCUAUGCAAUGGCUCGGCAUGUGGCCCUUGCGUCACGGAUAAUUAAGAAUAGGGUCCUUCAGAGACUUGAUUAUCGGAAAAUACUUUGGGAUGCCGCGCAAACAGCUGCACAAUCUGGCGCACGACCAACUGCACUUUGGUAUUUCCGUCAUUGUAUUGCACUUCUCCAAGAAAACCCAUGGGAUGACAACAAUACUGAUGUCUAUUAUGAUGAGACACUGCGACUACACAUUGCAACAGCUGAGAUGGCAUGGUCCCAGGGUCAUAAUUCAGAAGCGCUUGACUUACUGGACAAAGUCUUUGUCUAUGGAAAAAGUGCGGUGUGCAAGUCGAGGGCUUGGAUUGUGAAAGCUAAGAUAUAUGCUCAAAUGGGAAAUCAUCUCCGCUCGAUGGACUCGCUACUCACAUGCUUGGAUGAGCUUGGCGUUCAUCUCCGGGAGUUUACAACCUUUGAGGAAUGUGAUGCCGCUUAUAGAAACCUCAGGAGGUAUUUAGAGAAAGGGGAUUUGGAGGCUGUUGUCCGUAAGCCUGUGAGCAAGGACAUCAAUAUGAUCACUAUCGGGGCCGUUAUGGCUGAGGCAAUGGCUGUGACAUAUUGGGAUGAUCCCUUGACGUUUUACCGAAUGGCGAUCGAGAUGAUGAACCUCCACAUCUUCAAGGGUGGCUUUGUGCAGAUCUCAAUCGGCUGUUCUCACCUCGCUAUGAUCUCUUUCAGCCGUUUUCGAGAUUUGGAUCUUGCGGUAAAGCUGAGUGAUCAUGCACUUACUCUUCUAGAGCGCUGCCCUGAGCCUUGGACCCAGGGUCGUGGUUCGAUUGUCCAUAAUCUCUAUGUUAGUCACUUGCGAGUCCCUCUGGCAUCAACGCUUCCCGCUCUUGAGGCUUCUGUGGAGACUUCCUUUUCCAUGGGGGACCCUUACAUAACUCUAAUCAGUUUGUCAUCGAUGGCGAUGACGAGACUUUUUCUUGGCCAUGACUUGACUCACUUGGAAGGCUUUUGCAAUGAGAGUCCAGAGGAUAUUCCAGAAUGGGUGAAUGAUACCCGCGGCGGUGCGAGUCUCCUUGCAGUGCGACAAGUCGCACGUGCACUGCAAGGGAAGACUGGCUAUCGGAAUGCCGAUACUAUUAUGGCUGAUGAACACCACAAUACUAGCGAGUAUAUCGCCUUUUUGGAAAACAAUGCUAGUAACGCCGACCGUCCUCGUGACAUAUAUUGGGGCCUGGCUAUGAUCCCUCUGUUUGUAUACGGACACCACUCAAAAGCUAUAGAAUUGGGCGUGCAGAUGAUGGAUACUAUGCCCAGGCUAUGGUCUGCUCGUGUCUCGUAUGUUGUAUAUUUCUAUCUGGCUCUUUCUUUACUCACGCUGCACAAUGAGUAUCCUGCCGGCGGGUAUCUCGAUGGAAACAUGAAGACAGUCCUAAGGUACAAAGCCGAAGUUGAUUUCGCCCGGAGCGCUUGCGAUGCAAACUAUGGAAUGUGGUCUUUGAUAUUGGAGGCAUUGGUUUUCGAGGUCCGGAAUGAUCAUAGCUCAGCGAUCCGAGCAUUCGAGGAUAAAAGCUCAAUCUCUAUCAAGGCCGCAAUUGAUCACUGCCAAAUCCAUGGAUGGCCCUUGGAAGAGGCUCUUGCUCUUGAAUUGCAUGGCGAUUUCUUGAUACGACGUGGUGCUAAACGGGCGGCACGCUCCGUUAUGCAGGACGCCAUCGCCGCAUGGGCGGCGAUCAGUGCUGUUGGUAAGGCUGCACAACUGACGGAGAAGCAUGAAUGGCUCCUGAAAACAGCCACAUCUACAAGGAGUGUUGAUGUUGGUUGCCAAACUGUCGAUUCGCUCUUAGGAAUUAAUCGCAGUAGUGAACCAGAGGACAUCGGUGUCUCUCAGCAUAUGGAGGAAGAUGACCGACAGCACCGAUGGAUCGAGCAGAACGGCGUGACUACAGGCGAACGCUCGCUUGAUAUAUCUGGCGUUGGGCUUGACAUUAUUGAUCUGUCGAGUAUCCUCGAGUCUAGUCAAGUCAUGUCAUCUGAACUUCAGAUAGACAAGCUCCUAACGAAGAUGAUUGAGAUUGUUCUGGAAUCAUGCAACGGAUCAGAUUUUGCAGUCAUCGCAACUAAUUUCGAUGACAACUUCACUGUUGCCGCAGCUGGAGACCUCGAAAACGGGCAAAGAUCUUACGUCGACGGCCUUCCAUUUUCAGUGGUCGAAGAUAAAAUGGCUCAACAAAUCUCGCACUAUGUUAUGCGCACCCGGGAAGAGGUCCUCGUCCAUAAUGUUCUCGAGGAUGACCGGUUCUCGAAUGUCUCGGAUGCUUACCAGGGUAGAUAUCCGCUUGGCAAGUCUGUGAUUGCACUGCCAAUAAUGCAAGCGGAGCAUCUUCUUGGAGUUAUCCAUAUCGAAGGAAAGCCAAACUCCUUCACUCAGCGAAACCUUGUAGUCCUUCACCUGCUCUGUAACCAGAUUGGUAUUUCGCUGUCCAAUGCCUUGCUUUUCCGUGAAGUCCGCAAAGUUAGCGCCACCAACGCAUCUAUGGUUGAAGCUCAAAAGCGCGCACUCGCGCAGGCUCGUGAGGCGGAGCAAAAGGCGAAGGUAGCGGAAGCUGAAGCCAAGCAUAACGUCAAGUUGAAAGAGGAUGCAGCGAAGGCCAAAUCUAUUUUCUUGGCCAACAUCUCCCAUGAUCUACGUACGCCAAUGAAUGGGGUUAUUGGCCUUUCCGAGCUACUGAAGGCCACCAAGCUGGACAAAGAGCAGGACGAAUACGUGGAAUCUAUUCGUGUCUGCGCAGAUACCCUGCUCACCCUCAUUAAUGACAUCCUGGAUUUCUCUAAGUUGGAAGCUGGUAAGAUGAAAAUCUCCACGGUGCCUCUGAACAUCAAGGAGACAAUUUCAGAGGUUGUUCGUGCGCUUCGCUACACACACCGCGACCGGGGCUUGGAAACUAUCGAGGACCUCGAGAAGGUUCCUCCAGAUUUGGUGGUGCUUGGUGACCCCGUCCGUUUGCACCAGAUUUUCAUGAACCUCCUUAGCAAUAGUUACAAGUUCACGCCGAAGGGAUCGGUGACUGUCCGGGCGAGAGUUACUCGGGAAGGCAAGGGCCGUAUUCGCCUUGAAUGUUCGGUGUCUGAUACCGGAAUCGGAAUUCCCGAGGAGCAAAAAUCGCGACUAUUCAGGCCAUUUUCGCAAGCGGAUAGUUCCACCGCUAGAUCGUACGGCGGCAGUGGGCUCGGCCUAAGCAUCUGUAAAGCCAUCAUUGAAGACGUCCUAGGUGGCGCGAUUUGGCUCGAUUCAACUCCUGGAGUCGGCACCACAGUGACUUUCCACUUAUCCUUCAAUAAAGUCAAAGAUGCUUCCGCAAAAGCAUCAGGGCUAAAGAAAGGGGAUCCGAGUGAUAAAACGACCUCUCCUUCACCAACGGCUCGUGACCUUACUAUGAUUCCACGCGAUCAAAUCCGGGUCUGCAUUGCGGAAGAUAACCCGAUCAAUCAGAAGAUCGCUGUGAAAUUCGUGACUGGCCUUAAUCUGCAGUGUGAAGCAUAUAGUGAUGGGCGACAAGCGGUCGAGGCUCUACGUGCACGCUCACAGGAAGGGAAUCCUUUCCACGUUGUUUUGAUGGAUGUUCAAAUGCCUACAUUGGACGGCUAUAAUGCAACCCGUGAAAUCCGACGAGACCCUGAUCCUAAUGUUAAUGAAGCGCUUGUUAUCGCGAUGACGGCCAGUGCCAUUGAGGGCGACCGCGAGAAGUGUCUUGAAGCCGGCAUGAACAAUUAUCUUCCCAAGCCAGUCCGGUCGACAAUUCUAAGUGAGAUGUUGGACCAAUACCUCGCACCUGUGCCAACCUUCACGAAAACACGCCUGGCAAUGCGGGAGAGAGGGAGCGUCAGCCACGAUACUGGGACACCCAACAGUUCAUCGCCGUCGCCUGGCUCUGACAGUCAGGGAGCCCAGCUUACUCCAGAAUCAGACAAGCAAGUACAGCAAAAUUCAUCUGAGAUGAACUAG